AUGGAAAAAUCUACGGUUGUCCGGGAAGCUUACGUCAACGGGAACCACUAUCAUUCCUUUUCUUCUUCCUCUGUAUCUCAAAGACAUGUCAGCUACAGCUGCGGUAUUUGUGGGUAUGAGUUGAACUUGAGCUCCUCUAAUCGAAACACCUCAACUAUUGGCUCUAAAUAUGGGAAAUCCAUAAAGCGAGGGAAAAUCUCUUUCUUCUUCAUCGAUGAGAGCAGAUUUACUCAGAUUGAUGAAUUCCAAUGCAUUCCCUUCUUUUCAAAAAACUUCUGGGGUUUGUUCCGCCGCCGAACUGCACUUCUUUGCCGUAAGUGCGGUAAUCAUAUUGGAAUUGCUUAUGAUGAUGAUGCCUCAGCUUAUCCACUUGUAGCUGAUGGUUCUGACUCUUCCUCAGUCAGUGAGGUUUCCAAACGUCGAAAAUAUGAUAUUAAAAUCCGUGCCUUGCAGCCUUCUUCUGCUGAGCAGUUUAGCACUCCACUUUACACCUCCUGA